UUUAUAUAAUAGUCGUGUAAGUUCAGUGGUUCAUUUCAGAUUCUAAAACCCUUGAUAUUCCCGCCAGAUUUCCAUUUUGAGGAAAUCUAAGUACAGGCAUUUCACCAAACAGUAAUGGUUGCUUGAAUUGCCUGCAUUUUCUUAGGUGAAAUGAUCCCAACUACUCCCUCAGCUGCUGCAUUUUUAAAACCCAGAAAUCAUAUAUAGCCUCCGUGCUUCCAUUGCAAUUUUGCAGACUUUAAUUUAAAGCCUCUCAUUUGAUAAACCCCUUUGUAGUUUUACUUAACCUCUUAUGUUCUUGACUUGCUGCUUGGUAGCUUUUAGGUAAUAGUAUGUGGUGUAGUGAUUCACAAACCCUCAGCUCAUUCAACUUCACUGGUCCAGUUUCUGAUUCCAUGACAGGAGAUUGGUGAUAGGCAAAGCUUUUCCAGUUGGGGUUUAGUCAUGUCUUCUUCAUCAGCUUCAUGGUACUCUUCUCUUGAGUGUUCAUCAUCUAUCAUCAACUCUUCUGGUGAUUCAUCCUUAACCUCAAUUGCAAUCCAAUGGUUGAGGUUCAUUUUUCUGUCACCAUGUCCCCAGAGGAUCCUUUUCUCAUCCAUUGAUCUCAUUUUCCUUCUUACCCUAGUAGUGUUAGGUGUCAUUAGGUUCAUAAGAAGCAAGAAAAAGAAGAGCUCCUCUGUCAAUAGACCUCUCAUUGAAAGAGAGACACAGGGCUUCAGAGUCACCCCUUGGUUCUAUGUAUCUCUGGUUGUGACAGCUCUCUUAGCCUUAGCUUAUGCCGGUCUUUGCAUAUUCACUUUCAUUAAGGGGGUUGAUUCAAAAUGGGAUGUGGUAGAAGCCAUAUUCAGGUCAUUCCAAGCUGUGACUCAUGUCAUGGUUUUUGUUCUUAUCGUGCACGAGAAAAAAUUUGGAGCUGCUCGUCAUUCUGUGCCCAUUCGAGCCUAUUGGGCUGGAAACUUGUUAGGCGUAUGCCUAUUUGUGGCUUCUGCAGUCAUUCGCUUAGUCAAUAAUGGUGGAUACAAAAAGGGUUCGACAACAAUGAGAGUUGAUGAUUUGUUUUCCUUUGCUUGUUUCCCUUUGUCUGUUUAUCUCUUUGUUGUCACCAUUCGAGGAUCAACUGGAAUUGUUAGUGUGGGUGGUGGGGGAGAUGAUGCAAAUGGUAAUGGUUCUGUUGAGGUGGAUUCUAAAGUCAGUGGCUAUGCUACUGCUUCUUUGUUCUCUAAGGCAGUGUGGAAAUGGAUGAAUCCAUUAUUGACUAAGGGAUACAAGUCCCCUUUAACAGAAGACGAAGUGCCUUCACUCCCGCCAGAGUUUCGCGCAGAGAAAAUGUCAGAACUCCUGGAAAAGAAUUGGCCCAAGCCAGACGAGGGUACAUCGCAGCCAGUAUUGAAAGCAUUAGUACGUUGCUUCUGGAAGGAUCUUGCUUUCACGGGUUUCCUUGCGGUUGUGAAGUUAGCUGUCAUGUAUAUUGGCCCCCUCCUAAUUGAUAGUUUUGUUGAUUAUUCUUCUGGGGAUAGGAGCAACCCCUUUAAGGGAUACUAUCUAGUGGUCAUCCUCUUUCUUGCAAAAGUGAUCGAAGUCCUGAGUUCACAUCACUAUAAUUUCCACACCACAAAACUCGGGAUGCUAAUGCGAUGCAGUCUCAUUUCUACUUUGUACAAGAAAGGCCUAAGGCUGUCUUGCUCUGCUAGACAGACACACGGAGUGGGACACAUCGUGAAUUACAUGGCUGUUGAUACACAGUUAAUAUCCGACAUGGUACCGCAGUUGCACACCGUGUGGAUGAUGCCAAUGCAACUUGUGGCAGCUAUAGUCCUCCUAUAUAUUUAUAUUGGUGCACCCGUGGUUGCAUCAGUGGCUCUAGUUGUUUUACUAAUCAUUCUAACAUUUGGAUUGACACUUCUGAGCAAUUUUUACCAGUUGAGAGUGAUGAUGAAUCGGGAUUUAAGGAUAAAAGCUAUAAACGAAUUGCUGGGCAAUAUGCGUGUCAUCAAGUUUCAAGCAUGGGAAGAACACUUCAGUAAGAAAAUACAAUCGUUGCGUGGAGUUGAGUUCAGCUGGUUAACGAAGAUCAUGUGUAUGACGAGUAUAAAUGGGUCGAUUCUUUGGAGUGUCCCAAACAUCAUUUCCUUGCUUACAUUUGGUUUGGCGAUUUGGAUGAAAGUCAAUCUUGAUACUGGGAAAGUAUUCACGGUAAUGACAGUUCUGAAAAUUUUACAGGAUCCUAUCCGAACCUUCCCCCAGGUUCUGGUCUUUUUGUCACAAACCAUCAUUUGUUUGAGGAGGUUGAAUACCUAUAUGUUAAGCCAUGAAUUGGAAAGUGAUUUAGUCCAAAGAGAAGAUCGUGAUUAUGGUGGUGCAAUUGCAGUGGAGGUGAAAAAUGGGAAUUUUACUUGGGACGAUAAUGAUGAGAAAAACGUGUUGAAAGAUAUAAAUUUCAGAAUCAGAAAGGGGGAGCUUGCUGCAAUUGUUGGAACAGUUGGAUCAGGAAAGUCUUCCUUAUUGGCUUCAAUUCUUGGUGAACUUCAAAAAUCAUCAGGAGAGGUCAGAGUUUGUGGUACUACUGCCUAUGUGGCACAAUCCUCAUGGAUACAACACGCAACUAUUCAAGACAAUAUCUUGUUUGGUUUGCCAAUGGACAGGGACAGAUACAAUAAUGCAAUACGAGUUUGCUCCUUAGAGAAAGAUUUGGAGGUUCUAGAACAUGGCGACCAAACAGAGAUUGGAGAACGAGGAAUCAACCUCAGUGGUGGUCAGAAGCAAAGGGUACAACUGGCUAGAGCAGUAUAUCAGGAUUGUGAUAUCUAUCUUCUUGACGACGUAUUUAGUGCUGUUGAUGCUCAAACUGGAUCUGAAAUAUUUAAGGGAUGUGUGAGAGGAGCUUUGAAAGAUAAAACAAUUCUUCUCGUGACCCACCAAGUUGAUUUCCUGCACAAUGCGGAUCUUAUACUGGUGAUGCGAGAAGGGAAGAUCGUCCAAUCUGGAAAGUAUGGGGAGCUUCUUGAAUCCGGCAUGGAUUUUGGUGCUCUUGUUGCUGCUCAUGAGAACUCUAUGGAGCUAGUGGAAAUGAGCACCACCGUUUCUGAUGAAAACCAUCCGCAAACACCCAAAUCGCCCCACCAACAAGCUCCCAAUUCGCCUAUUAAACUCGAGGGCCAAGGGAAACCCAAAGACCAACCCGAGGCUAGUGCUGACUCGAAGCUCAUUGAAGACGAGGAGAGGGAAUCUGGGCAUGUAAACUGUUCAGUCUAUAAGGAGUAUUGCACCAAGGCGUAUGGAUGGUGGGGAGUAGUGGCUGUGAUAGUUAUGUCGCUGCUGUGGCAAUUAGCUCUUACUGCAAAUGAUUACUGGCUUGCAUAUGAGACUUCAAGUUCAACCGUUUUUAAACCUUCUAGGUUCAUUAAUGUUUACGCAAUCAUAGGAGGCAUUUCGUGCAUACUCGUGGGCGCCAGAUCAUUUCUUCUCGUAGGUUUAUGUCUGAAAACAAGUCAAGGCUAUUUUACUGAAAUCAUCGACAGCAUCCUGCAUGCUCCAAUGUCAUUCUUUGACACUACUCCAUCAGGAAGAAUAUUAAGUCGGGUAACAAUUGAUCAAGCCUCAGUUGAUAUUGUGAUCCCAGUGUUUGUGAGUACUGCACUGCAAUCGUUUUUCACAUUAUUUGGCAUAUUGGUUGUCAUAUGUCAGAGUGCCUGGCCAACAAUAUUCCUCCUCAUCCCUAUGUUUUGGCUUAAUGCCUGGUAUCGGAAAUACUUUAUUCCAUCGUCGCGUCAAUUGACCCGAAUGGAUUCAAUUACUAAAGCCCCAAUCCUCCACCACUUCUCCGAGACUAUUUCUGGAGUUAUGACCAUACGUAGCUUCAGGAAGCAAGGCGUGUCAUUCCAGGGGAACAUUGACAGAGUGAAUAAGAAUCUGAGGAUGGAUUUCAACAACAACGGGGCAAAUGAGUGGAUGGGUUUCCGCCUCGAGUUUCUUGGAAGCUUUCUCCUCUGCGCAUCCACCCUUUUCAUGGUUAUGCUACCAAAAAACAUUAUUGGAUCAGAGUACAUUGGCAUGGCUCUAUCUUAUGGUCUCUCGCUGAAUAGUGUUAUCUUCUACUGCGUCUAUUUGACCUGUGUCAUGGAGAAUAAAAUGGUUGCAAUUGAAAGAAUAAAGCAAUUCAUAAACAUCCCACCAGAAGCAGCAUGGAAGACACCAGGCUGUGCCCCACCUCCAACUUGGCCCCAUCAUGGUGACAUUGAGAUCAAAGACUUGAAGGUUAGGUAUCGGCACAACACUCCUCUUGUUCUGAAAGGGAUUUCCUUUAGCAUCCAUGGCGGCGAAAAGAUUGGCGUUGUUGGAAGAACUGGGAGUGGGAAGUCAACUCUGAUACAAGUUUUUUUCCGCCUGGUGGAGCCUUGUGGAGGCAAGAUAGUAAUUGACGGGGUUGACAUUUGCAAGCUAGGCCUUCAUGAUCUGAGAUCGCGCUUUGGCAUCAUCCCUCAGGAGCCUGUUCUUUUUGAAGGGACCAUCAGAAGCAAUAUCGAUCCACUUGGGUUAUACUCCGAUGAUGAAAUAUGGAGGAGUCUCGAACGCUGUCAGUUGAAAGAAGUGGUGUCUGAGAAGACUGGACAACUCGAUGCUUCAGUGGUUUCCUCGGGAGACAACUGGAGCAUGGGCCAAAGGCAGCUUCUCUGCUUGGGGAGAGUCAUGCUGAAGAACAGCAGAAUUCUCUUCAUGGAUGAAGCAACAGCCUCCGUCGAUUCUCAGACAGACAGCGUCAUCCAAAAAGUCAUCCGGGAGGACUUCUUGAACUGCACAAUUAUCACCAUUGCUCACAGAAUUCCCACUGUCAUAGACUGCAACAAGGUGUUAGUCCUGGAUGAUGGGUUGGCGAAGGAGUUUGAUGCGCCAGUGAAGCUGAUGGAGCGGCCAUCGUUGUUUGGAGCAUUGGUUCAAGAAUACUCAAUUAGAUCAUCUGGAGUAUAAACCACUUUCUUAGUUCACUGUUAGAGUUGAUCUGAUGAGAGACUUUGAUUAGUUCAAAAUCUUUAGGCCUGCAGCCUCUACUGUUUCCUCUUCUUACCCACAAUUUUUGUUCAAACAUUUUGGUGGGUGAAUAAUGAUAGCUCAAUAAGAACUGCAAUGUAUAUUUUUUCUUCCAUAUGUUCCUCCAAUUCUAUCCUAUAUAGGAUAAAGUUUGCCCA